UUGGUAAAUCAAAGCCUGCAAACCCUCUCCACAAUUGCACCAGAAAGCUGCACUGAGUAUGUUCUCUCGAGGGCUCCGAACUUGAAAAAACUGGGCAUUCGUGGAAAAAUAGCUAAGCUAAUGGAACCAAGUCAGUCCAUAUUGUUCAACAAUGUUAAGAGGCUGCAAUUUCUUGAGAACUUGAAGCUGAUAAAUGUUGGUCAGACUGAUCAGACACAAUUACGCCUUCCUCCAGCAUCUCUAUUUCCAACUAAGUUGAGGAAGCUGACUUUAUCAGACACCUGGUUGGAGUGGGAUGAUAUGUCUGUAUUGAAACAGUUGAAGUGCCUUCAAGUCUUGAAGCUGAAAGACAAUGCAUUUAAGGGAGAGCGCUGGGAACUAAAUGGAGGUUUUCCUUUCCUACAAGUGUUAUGCAUUGAAAGGGCAAACUUAGUUUCUUGGAAUGCUUCGGGUGAUCACUUCCCGAGACUUAAACAUCUUCACAUAUCAUGUGAUAAACUUGAGAAGAUCCCCAUUGGCCUGGCUGAUAUACGCAGCCUCCAAGUGAUGGAUUUGCGAAAUUCCACCAAAUCAGCAGCAAAAUCUGCCCGAGAGAUACAAGCCAAAAAAAGCAAGCUGCAAACUGCUAAAUCCCAGAAGUUCGAGCUUUCUGUAUUCCCUCCUGAUUCUGAUGUACAGACAGCUUCUUAGAAAGGUCUAAAAUAAUCGCAUGCUGCUGGUUCAACCAGCCUGGUUGGCGCGCAUGGUUUUUGCUUCAUUUGGCUCACUGCUCAAACAGCGAAGCCUAUUGCAUUUCAUAAGUGGAACGACUGAUCCACAGUUUUGUAACUCUUUGGUUUCUUACUGUAUUUGAUGUGUGUUCAUGUUUUAUUGAUUGUGACUGUAAUGUGCCAUCGUAGCCGAGGAAUAAGAGCCAAAUGUAACGUUCAAGAAAUCUCAGACAUUGAUACUUAUAAGCUAUACCACUCUGAAUUUUCUCCAUUCAGAUACAACAA